AUGUUGACCCACCUCAGAACUCGUAGCAGGAGCUUGUUCUCCAGCUACAAACCGGGCAGCCGGACUCAAGCUGCCAAAGAACUGGCCGAACACCUGGAGCUAUACAACACCUUCAUUAAGCCAUGGAACUCCAUGCAGGACCUGGGCAGAGACAUCUACGAUCUCUACGCCGAGUACGAACACGAGGAGGUGGAGGAUCGACUGCCGGUGUCUCCGUCCCGCCUGCUGCUGUCCCCAACCAAACACUUCACCCUCAACAUCAACGUCGGAGGAACGGUGUACCACCUGCCCUACAGGUUAGCCGCCAGAUAUCCUAAGACGAGGAUCGGCCGUUUGGCGACGUACACGGACCACAACCGGAAGCUGGACCUCUGUGACGACUACGUUGUCCACAGCAACGAGUUCUUCUUCGACCGGGACCCACAAGUCUUUCACAACAUCUUCAACUUCUACAUGACUGGAGUGUUGUGGAUUAAAGACGAGCUGUGUCCUCGUAGCUUCCUGGAGGAGAUCAACUACUGGGGCGUCAGAAUCAAAAACAGCCAUCGCUGCUGCCGCAUCUCCUUUGAAGAGAGGCAGGACGAGCUGAACGACCAGUUGAAGAUACAGCAGCAGCUGUUGGCAGAAGUUUGUGUGGAGAUGGAGGAGAACGAGGCAUCAUUUCACGGCAUGGCCUUCGGGCCGAUCCGCAGGAGGAUCUGGAACCUGAUGGAGAAGCCGUUCUCCUCGAUCACCGCCAAGCUGACGGCGGUCGCCUCGUCCUUCUUCGUGCUGGUGUCUCUGGUCGCCAUGACGCUCAACACCGUGGAGGAGAUGCAGUACAAGACACCAUCCGGCGAGCUCAGCGGCAGAUUCUACGGCGAGAACGUCGAGGCGUUCUGCAUCACCUUCUUCACCCUGGAGUACCUGCUGCGCCUGGCCUCCACCCCCGACAUCAAGUGCUUUGGACGCAGCGUCCUGAACACAGUCGACCUGGUCGCCAUCCUGCCCCACUACCUGCAGAUAGUCCUGGAGUGCUUCGAGGACGAGGACGUCCGACCGCACUCCGGGGACAUCGAGACCGUGGCUCGUGUCGGAAAGGUGGGGCAGGUUCUGAGGAUCAUGCGUCUGAUGAGAAUCUUCAGGAUCUUGAAGCUGGCUCGUCACUCGACAGGCCUCAGAGCGUUCGGCUUCACCCUGAGACAGUGCUACCAGCAGGUGGGCUGUUUGCUGCUCUUCAUCUGCAUGGGCAUCUUCAUGUUCUCCGCCAUGGUCUACACAGUGGAGCACGACGUCUACAACACCAACUUCACCUCCAUGCCGCAUGCGUGGUGGUGGGCCGCUGUGAGCAUUUCCACGGUGGGCUACGGCGACAUGUUCCCCGAGACCAACCUCGGCCGCGUCUUCGCCUUCGUCUGCAUCUCCUUCGGCGUCAUCCUCAACGGCAUGCCCAUCUCCGUCCUCUACAACAAGUUCUCCGACUACUACACCAAGCUCAAGGCCCACGAGUACACUACCGUCAUCAAGGCCCGCGGCAAGGUGCACUUCACCCGGAGGGCGGCCAGGAAGUUUGCCAACUACUGCGACCGCGUCGUUCAGCCGAAGCCGUGACGAGGCGGUUUGGAUCGGAG